GAUGUAGCCUGGACAAGCAAAGAAACACUGCUGGUGGGGAAAUCUUCCGUGGAAACACGUGAACGCACCUGUAUUUCCAAUGUACAGGAACUGGAACGCAGUGGGGAAAAAAGUGGUGGGCUCAGCGCUGAAGUGAAAACAAAAUAAUUUUGUUUCUAAAGUGGCACGUUCAUCAUCUACUCUGCAAGCAAGGUCUGCUGAGCAGCACAGGAAUGAUAAACUGGUGCCGUAUUCCCUCUUGUAUGCAAUCGAUGGAGCCGUAGCCACACAGUAGGUUGAUCAUGAGCCAUAAGAAGGAGAGACAAACAUAAAGACUCCAGAUGAGACAGGAAUGACCAUAUGAUGUCAGAGAAGUCGAACACAGCUGCCAAAAUGAAGGAGGAGACGCUGCUGCGACGGAGGUUCUCCCUGUGCCCAAGUCCGAGCAGCGGGCAGAAAAUUGACCCGCGCUCCCUCAUGCGCAACCUGUCCUAUGGCGGCGACAACGACGUUUACCCUCUGUGUCCAGGUAGCGAAGGAGACAAGAAUGGAGUCGCAGUGCUGAGAGACGAAGGCAGUUUUACUCUUUCGCCCAGCAGCAAGUCUGAGCUGAAGGCCUUUGAACCCCAUGAAAAGGAAUGUUCCUCGCCCACCGAAAAGCUGGCGUGCAAAGACUCUCUCAAAGUCCAAAAGAAGAAUUAUCAACAGGAGAAGAAGAAGGCAGCAAAGGAAUUGUUAAGUGCUCUUAAGGACCCUAGUGUAGUCAUCAUGUCCAACUGGCUUAAGAUCCGUGGUACCCUGAAACGCUGGACCAAGCUGUGGUGCGUGCUGAAACCUGGAGUUCUCCUCAUCUACAAGACCCCGAAGAUGGACCAGUGGGUGGGGACUAUUCUGCUCAAUGCCUGCACUCUCAUCGAGAGGCCGUCAAAAAAGGAUGGCUUUUGCUUCAAGCUCUACCACCCACUGGACCAGUCCAUCUGGGCUACAAAAGGUCCCGAAGGGGAGAAUGUAGGAUCCAUCACGCAACCCCUGCCUAGUAGCUACCUGAUCUCCAGGGCUGCUUCAGAAUCUGAUGGCCGCUGCUGGAUGGACGCCCUGGAGCUGGCUCUCAGCUGCUCCAGCCUCUGCAAGCUCACACCCAAGGCCAGCUUCGACGGGGACCUGGGCUCAUGCUCCGAGUCAUCGCAGAACAUUCACCUGCUGCAGUCGUCCCCCAGCAGCGACUUGGAGCUCUCUCAGUUGAAUGAGACCACGGAAAACAGCAUUCUGGAAAACGAUGGCUACUCUGACAAAUCAGAGAGGGAGACUCAUGGAGAUUCAGACAAUGGGGCAAAUGACAAUGAUGGACGGCUGACAGAAGAAAGUGACAUGGACCAAACUGAUGAUCUUCUCCCUGGUCUUCAGUCCACUGCCUAUGUAGAACAAAACCAGGAAGAGAUGGCUGAGGCAGGAGAGAUGUCUCAAGUGGAGACAGUCUCAGAGGAGAACAGAGGCCUGAUAUGGACCCUGCUGAAGCAACUGCGGCCAGGGAUGGACCUGUCGAAGGUGGUCCUGCCCACAUUCAUCUUGGAGCCACGGUCCUUCCUGGACAAGCUCUCUGAUUACUAUUACCACGCAGACUUCCUCUCACGAGCAGUACUAGAAGAAAGUCCUUACUGUCGGAUGAAGCAGGUCCUGCGAUGGUACCUGUCUGGCUUUUACAAGAAGCCCAAGGGGCUGAAGAAACCGUACAAUCCAAUCCUGGGAGAGACGUUUCGAUGCUGCUGGCUCCACCCCAAGACGGACAGUUGUACGUUUUACAUAGCGGAACAGGUGUCACACCACCCGCCAGUCUCUGCCUUCUACGUAAGCAACAAGAAGGAUGGCUUCUGCAUCAGCGGGAGCAUUCUGGCCAAAUCAAAGUUCUAUGGUAACUCUUUAUCUGCAGUCCUAGAUGGGAAGGCAAGGCUGGUAUUUCUUGCCAGAGAUGAGGAGUAUGUCAUCACGAUGCCAUAUGCACAUUGUAAAGGUAUUUUAUAUGGUACAAUGAGCAUGGAACUUGGUGGAAAAAUCACUAUUGACUGUAAAACAACAAACUACCUAGCAGAGCUUGAAUUCAAACUCAAGCCGUUCCUCGGCAGCUCCAGCAGCGUGAACCAGAUUUCCGGGAAGAUCCGCUCUGGUGAAGAAGUGCUGGCAAAUAUAGACGGACAUUGGGAUGCGGAGGUGAUCCUCCAUGAGAAGAAGACGGGCCACCAGGAGGUGCUCUGGAAUCCUACCACUGAGGUGCGGCAACAGAGGCUCAAGAGGCAGGUGGUGCCGCUGUACCAGCAGGGAGCGUUUGAGUCUGAGAGACUGUGGCAGCACGUCACGAACGCCAUCCUGAACCAGGACCAGGUGCGGGCCACGCAGGAGAAGUUUAUCCUGGAGGAGGCACAGAGAAGGGAAGCCCGGGAGAGAGGGAACAAGGCGUGGACCCCUCAGCUUUUUACGCUGGACCCCACCUCCAAAGAAUGGUGCUAUAGAUACGCAGACCGAAAGCCCUGGGAUCCUGACACCAGCCUGAUCCAAUUUGAGAAGGAUGGCGUGAUCCAGAUGUUGGAGAGACAGCCACCUGGGCGCAGCAGGUUGUGCUACAACCAGAACUGGGCCACCCAGCAGAAGGGCCAAGCACAACGUAAGCACAGGAAGUCGAGCAGCCAGCCAUCCAGCUGCAGCCAGAACACGGAGAGCAGCAGCUCCACGCCUGAGCCCACGCACGAGUCCUCGGACAAUGAAGACUUCGUGACCCAGUGUGUCAGAUGUAACAAAGAGCUGAAGGACUUUGCUCAAAUCGAGGCCUACAUAGCAUCGAUAAGGAAAUCACAGCAAGAGAUACAGAGGAACUUGUGUGCCCUGAGCCAGCAGAUGCGUCGGGACAGAGAUUCGGAGGAGAACCUGGUGCUCGGAGGCCGAUGCUGCAUGAUCCUAUGUGUCCUGCUGCUGUUCCAGCUGUUCAUCAACUAUAUGAACACCUGAGAGGGGACAAAGGUACACGACAAGGAACGUGUCUGCACAAGCUCUCAGCUCUCACGGGGGCAAUACAUGACGACAAGGCACCAAGCACUUUGGAGACAGACCGGAAGGAAUAAGAAAGAAGAGAGAGGAAUAAAAACUUCCUGACUCUAUUGUGAGAUUUGAUAUUUGUUCCCUCACAGUGGAUGUGCACUUAUAUAUUCCUUGCAAUACUGUGUUUGUAACCUUUUUGUGUUUCAGUGCCACUUGACGCAAACAUGAAAUUUUGAUUAUUUUCACAAACUGAAACUUUGGGCCUUAAUAUCGAAGCUGAAAAAUUGAGAAUAAAUGACAAAACAAUCAGCCUGUCUCUUUUCAACCUACCAAGAGUGGCACAAGCAAAAGAACAGAGGACAUUUUAACGUUUGAAAUGUAGUUUUCCCAAAUAAUACAUGCAGCUUGUAUAGUGGUGAUGCUGGAAAUGAAAGGAUCAGAUGCUCAUCACCGAGUUGUUCUGCUCUGUUGUAGCAAAAUGUUAAAGCCAUUAUGAACGGCGACGUAGGAACCAAGGAACCCCUGUGCAAACCUAGCUUUUCCUGACAUUUCCGACUGUAAAAAGGUCUCAGAUCUACCUCUGCAUUAUCGGUGUUGUAAAGUAAUUUCUGCUGCAAUGGAUUUGACCAACCUGAACUUCAUCACCUGUGUUUAUGGAGUAAUAUAUACCAGUCAAGCUUUUAUCCCAUAUCCCAAGUUGCUCUUAAAUACAAAAAUCAUAUAUAUUAUUCCACUGUUUGCAUUUGUUUUAUAUAGUAUAUGGAUAUAUUAAUUCAGUACAUAUUUACUAUGUAUUAUGUAUGUUAAUUUAAAAAGUUGGAAUUGUUUCAUUCUUUUAACUCUAUGUAUUUGAUAUUCUUAAGGAUUAGUAAAAUAAGGACGCUUCUCAGCUCCACAGUUCUUCCAGAAAGGUUGAGGAUAGUGUACUCAUAAGACAGAGAGACUGGAAGGAGUUCAGCGCUCUGCUCCUGGUUUCCUCAGCUCCAGGUUCGACAGCAGCCCACAGGGAGGUAAAGAAGCGCGCUGAAGAAUUGUAGAGCUUCGUGUGCUUCACGUCAUCAUGUCGUCAGUGGUGACACCUAUCUUAGACAGCGUUGACAGCACUGCAGGUAUUUUGGUUCCCUUCGACACACCUUAGGACCAGGGAGACUAAAGCCUUCACCUUAUCACCAUGUGCUGAUUCGCCGUAAUCUCUCUCAAGCCCAUUCGGCUAGUUAUUGUCCAGAAGACGCAGCUACUCUGCUACCCAGUCUUCACCCUUAAUCAUCCAUGACCACCAGGUAAUCACAAGGUAAUCGUGGAUGUGGAUAUGUAAACUUUACUCUGCAUUAUAGGAAAGCGGCAUUUGAGGGAAGCUGUCCGUCCAGUGAAGCUUUUUUUAGCCGAUGGGAGAGAACCUGAUGCUCUUUUAGGCACGGAAUACCGUUUUCAGGAACAAAUGUCAAGUUUUCCGACUUUUGUAUCUUUAUCGAUUGUAGUCGCACUUUAUUUUUGCUUUUUUUUAAAAAUAUUUCUCUAGGUACAAAACUAAAAUAAAUACACUCAUUUCUCACUCAUUACUUGUGUGCUUUUCUUAUUUGACUGCUUUGAAGUUAACCGAAAAUAUCGAAUGAAUUGGCAUCCUCUUGUGAGAUGAAAUGCCAGGACCGUGGAGGACGCAGCUGAGGAAUUUUGAGAAGUGGGAAGUGUGUGUAUUACUAACAAACAGAAACAAAAAAUUGUCCGUUGAGUGUGGAUUCAGUCAAAUUGUACAUGCAGAAGUAUUUAUUCAUCCGGUUACUGCCCAAAGGUGACACUGCUACGAUCUGGGCCUUGGCAAGCAAAAAGGAGAAUGAAAUGAAAUGAAAUUAUGCAUCGAUAUGGAACCGUUCUUUUACUUCUGUACUGCUUCUGUG